GGCAGAACGACAGAUUUGUACCUUGUCAGUUCCAUGUUGUUUCCAUCCAUGUUGAGAUUAUAAUUACACCAGAAUUAUCAUGUUAGUAGUGCCAUACUAUUGUAUUAUUACUUAUGGAAUCAAUCAUAAAUCCCAUGUUAUUGCAGAAUUUUACAACUCUCUACAGUAAUUUCUCUGAACUGAUCUGGGGAAAAUGAAUGGUUGAGAAUCAGGACACCCUUUCUCCAGAAUGCAUGGCCAACUCACACAAGUUGCAAGAGACGGAACAUUUAACGAAGGAACUAUCAGUUCUAUCCGGUGAACGUUUCCUCUGACGGACCAGAAAAUGAUAUAUUUGUAAACAGAAUCAGUGAAGCCUCACAUUGUGCCCUUUUGAUGGCAUCAUCAUCAUCCAAUGUGGAGGAGGAGCAUUCUUCUUUGUUACACACAUCCUCAUGUGGAUUCAUGUGAGAGCUGACUCACACACACACAGAGAGAGAGCCAUCAGCCUGUGUAAGAAAAGCAGUGCCACCCCAAAACUGUGUCAUAAGAAUUUCUGGCAAAGGCCAGAGCUAUCAUAAACUCAAUAAGAGUGUCCGCCUCUAGCUAGUUGAUUAACAGAGCAGUGUUAACGAGGAAUUGUUUUCCUGGAAGAAGCCUCCUACCCUCGAGGAACACGGCUUCCCUCUGGGGCUCAGACUGCAGAUGCUUCAGCUGCGAGGUCCAGAGCCGCUUGGAUCGUCCCCUGCCCAGAGAACCACCCAGCCCAUAGAGUACCACCACCCCUAACAGCCACCACACGGGGCCAAACCGAGGAGCACCAUGGAGGAGGUAGAGGACAUUAGCCCUGCCCUGGAGGCCACCGAGGACUUCCUACACUGCCUGGACGGAGGUGGAGGCCAGGGAGGGGAGGGGGUCCGGCAGCCCAGGCAGCACCACCCCAAGCUGCAGGAGAUGUCUGUAGCCUUGGGGAAGCUGAGCUCUAGCGGGGUGUGGGGCCUGCUGGCUGGGGAGCAGGGGACCGAGGUAUCCCCGCGUAACGUGGCCUGGGCUGACCAGCCCUCGGCCUUCAGCGUGCUGGCUCUGAGGCAGGGGAAAAGGAGCCGUGCUCGUUCCACUAAUGACCUGGCCGCCCACACCAAGGACACCAACAACACCUCCUCUAACGCCGCCUUUAACAAAGGCCACAAUCGCUCACGGUCUGAUGUUAAUUACCGGCCGUCCUACAUGGACAAUGCUAACGGCCUGCCUGCUGUGGACAAGAAUACGCUGAAGAACAUGGCUCUCCACGACCAUAGAGAAGAAGGCCGUAAGGACAGCAGCGGUAGUGUGGUGAAACAGGGUACCCUGGAGCAUCGUGAGGGUCAGAAGGGUCGUUGGAGCGUCUGUCACGUAGAGCUUACCCCAUGUGAGCUGCGCGUCUACAGCCUGGACAGCAGCGGUAACCGGCAGCUCUGCACCGCCUACUCCCUGUCCCACUGCCAGGGGGUCAGCCAGUCCCAGCCGCCCCAGGACGGGCGAGUCCUCCAGGCCCUCUUCUUCAACAGCUCCACCCGCCUGCAGUUACGUGCCGCCUGCCAGUGGGAGGUGCUAGACUGGAGGAGGCUGAUCUGGGAGAGAGUACUGGCUGCCCAGCCCGCCCACAAAAAUGCAGAGUGUCUUCCAGCAUUCUCCCCGUCAUCAUCCGUUACCUCUGGAGGUCUCGACACCAGACCAGAUCCCCGUGGUCCUGCUGAGGCUGCCCUGGCCCCUGGUUGCUCCCAUCUCCUCCCAGCCCGGCCCACGGCCCUGCCCCUGUUCACCCAGUGCUGUACGGAUGUCCUCAAGGCUGGGAUCCUCCACCAGCUGACUGACCAGAACAACUGGAGGGCCUUCACCUUCGUACUGAGUCGCUCCACGCUGCAGGCCUUUCCCACCGAGGGCCGGGGGCCCGUGUCUGAGCCCGUCCUCCACUACCCGCUGGCCUCCUGCCUGGCCGUGCAGAGGGACGAGGCCGAGGGGGUGAGCGCUGGCAGCUUCCAAGGCGUCUUCCCCAGCGAGGUGCUCCGUCUGCGGGCUGAGAGCCAACUCAAGGCCCAGGACUGGGUGGAGGCCCUGCAGAUGGCCGUGGCAGCCCAGAGGCCCCAGGGUGACGAGGGACAGGGUUCCGGCCAGGCCCAGCCGGGUGCAGUGUCGACAGGGUUUCUGCUGAGGAGCAAGCCCUCCAGGGAGAGGAGGCAGAGGGACACCCAGAGGGCCAAGAGACAGUCAGUCACCACCAGCUUCCUCAGUAUCCUCACCUGCCUGGCUGUGGAGAAGGGCCUAACCACCCAGAGCUUCCGGUGUGCAGGGUGUCAGAAGCCAGUAGGGUUGUCGCGGGGCAAGGCCAAGGUGUGUUGCUACAGUGGCUGGUACUACUGCCAGAGCUGUCACCAAGACAACCUGUUCCUCAUCCCUGCCCGCCUGCUGCACAACUGGGACACCAACAGACACAAGGUGUCCAAGCAGGCCAAGGAGUUCCUGGAGUUUGUUUAUGAGGAGCCCCUGCUGGAUGUGCAGCAGUUGAACCCGUGUCUGUAUGAACACUGUGAGGGCCUGGCUGCAGUCCUACGCCUGAGACAGCAGCUCCAGUCCCUCAGAGCAUACCUGUUCAGCUGCCGCGCCGCUGUGGCCGAGGACCUCCGGAGAAGGAUCUUUCCCAGAGAUUACCUACUGCAACAUAUCCACCUGUACUCACUGGCUGACCUGCAACAGGUGAUAGAUGGGACGCUGGCCCCCUUCCUCUCAAAGGUGAUUCAGUUUGCCAGUUCCCACGUCUACAGCUGCAGACAGUGCAGAGAGAAGGGCUUCAUCUGUGAGAUGUGUCAGAACGGACAGGUCAUCUACCCCUUCCAGGAGAGUGCUACUAAGAGAUGUGAUGUCUGCGGAGCGGUGUUCCAUACAGAGUGUCGUCAGAAGGCCCAGCCAUGUCCACGCUGUGUCCGCAGGGAGCUCCACCACACGAGACCCUCGUCCUUCUGGAGCCCUAACGACGAUACACCAGGCUGCUUCACAAUGCCCUACCAGGACACCUGAUCACACACAGAGAGAGAAACAACGGACCCACUCCACAGAGCUGCUCUUACCAAAGUGUGUGUGUGUGUGUGUGUGUGUGUGUGUGUGUGUGUGUGUGUGAGAGAGAGAGAGUCGGCCAGGAUACACAGUAACAGAAGUGUCGAUGACUAAGCAAGGAUCAUGCUCCCUGACACACCUGCUUUUUGAUCUGACAUCACUCUCACCUGGGAGAGAUUGACACUAACGCAACACCCACUGGAGAGGAACUACUCUGCUUUCUGCAAGAGAAACACUAUUUUCACGCCACUUUAAACAGCUAUGACCGGAAGCAGGGGUUGGAACCAUUUGUUUUUUAAAUUUCAUUCCACUGUUCUGAUCUGCAAAAUAAAGUUCCAAAAAGUA